AUGGCCGGGGAUGAUGAAGACGAUGAAGACGAUGAAGACGAUGAUGAUGAUGAUGAUGACGCCGACACUCUUUUUGAUCGACAGCACACGGUUGCCACGGCAAUCGCGUCUCUGAUUGGUCCGUCCACAGCAGUUGGGAAAGGAAGGGGAGGGGCUUCAGGCGGUUAUCCAGGAAAUGACCUCGCCACGCAGGGCUGCAGGACUCGAGACCGUUUUUCUAUGAAUGCAUCUGGAAACACCGCACUGCACCUCUGUGCUCUCUACAACCAGGACAGCUGUGCCAGAGUGCUGCUGUUCAGAGGAGCAAAUAAGGACAUCAAAAACUACAACAACCAGACUGCCUUUCAGGUGGCAAUAAUUGCUGGGAACUUUGAUCUUGCAGAAAUCAUAAAGAUCCACAAAACCUCCGACGUUGUUCCCUUCAGAGAAACUCCAUCCUACACAAAGCGUCGUAGAGGCGGUGUGAGCAAGGCGCUGGGUGGAAACGGCCUGUCCUCCCCGCGCUCUCUGAUUCGCUCGGCCAGCGACAACGUGCUGGAAAGCCCCGCCUCCUCCCCAGGCCCCUCCCUCCAGAGCUUGGAGACGCACCACGACACGCACACGCAUUCGCUGCGACGACACACACGCCGACUCAGCCCGAGUGGCGGGGGUCAUGUGGAGACCAGCCCCCCUUCCUCGCCUCCCCCAACCCCCCAGAUGAGGAAGAGGAGGCUGUACAGCGCCGUCCCAGGACGCACCUUCAUCGCCACGCGGUCCCACGUGCCCCAGGGGCCCGGGGAGAUCCAGCUGCACCGAGGAGAGAGGGUCAAAGUUCUGUCCAUUGGGGAAGGAGGAUUCUGGGAAGGAAACGUUAAAGGAAGAACUGGAUGGUUUCCUGCUGACUGUAUUGAAGAAGUCCAGAUGAGACAAUACGACCCACGACUGGAGACGAGGGAGGACCGCACGAAGAGACUGUUCAGACAUUAUACUGUAGGAUCCUACGACAACUACACCUCCUACAGUGACUACGUGAUCGAGGAGAAGACGGCCGUCCUGCAGAAGAGAGAGAGCGAGGGAUUCGGCUUCGUCCUCAGAGGAGCUAAAGCCGAGACCCCCAUCGAGGAGUUUGCCCCUACGCCGGCGUUCCCCGCCCUCCAGUACCUGGAGUCAGUGGACCAGGGGGGCGUGGCCUGGAGGGCGGGGCUACGCACUGGAGACUUCCUCAUAGAGGUGAACGGGGCCGACGUGGUGAAGGUGGGACACCGGCAGGUCGUCUCUCUGAUCCGACAGGGCGGGAGUCGGCUGCUGAUGAAGGUCGUGUCCGUUUCCAGGAAAUCUGAAUCCAACCUGAUCAGGAAGAAAGCUCCUCCCCCUCCAAAACGAGCCCCCAGCACCUCGUUGACACUCCGAUCCAAGUCCAUGACCGCUGACCUGGAGGACAUAGCCCGGAGGAGACGCUUCGAGAAACUGGAUGAGAUGUUGGCCGGGGGUCAACAGGAAGUUGUUCUCAGGGCCCGUCCGUCAGACGACUUCAGAGCGGCGACGGUGAAACAGAGACCGACCAGCCGGCGAAUCACGCAGGCUGAGAUUAACUCGUUGUUUGAGCGUCAGGGUCUGGUGCCCCCCUCAGCUCCAGAGAAAAGCACCAUGGCUUUACCCCGAGGAAUGUCCAGAACCAAGAGCUUUGGCACACCCGAUGAUGACAGGAUCACAGCUCUGAUCAAUGAGAGUCGGUUUCCUCGGAGCUCCUCCCUGACAGACAGCUUCAUCCCUCCUCCUCCUCAGAUGGCUCCGCCCCCUCCUCCCUCCGCCUCCUCCUCCACCUCCUCGCUCUUCCUCCUCGACUCCGGCCCCCCUCCCUCCUUCCUCCCCCCUCCUCCCCCGGCCAGAGGGGAGGGGCUAACCCGCUCCAGCUUCAAGCCGGGGGCGGAGCCGAGGCUCCAGGAGCUCUGCGAUUCGCCGACACGGAGCCACGCCCACGCCGAGCGGCAGAGGAAGGCGAGGUCGAUGAUCAUCCUGCAAGACACGCCGCCGCCGCUGCAACCCGACGCACACGGCGCCGCCACGCAUUUGAUGCACACCGCCACGCACACCGCCACGCACACGCUUCACACCGCCACACACACUUCCACAUCCACGCUGUCUCUCCACAGCACCAGCCCCGCCCUCGGCCACUCACCGCUGUCUCGCCGCCGGGGCCGACCAAUAGAAAACCCUUACGCUAACGUGGGACAACAGGCUCCGCCCUCCAAGCCGCAGAGGAGGAAGUCACCUUUGCUGAAACAACUUCCUGUAGAGGAGCAGGGACUCCGGGAUCAGGAUCUGUUGAGGGUGGACGGAGGCGGCAGCCCCAGCCGGGCCGAGCUGUACCAGCAGCAGGUUCUCUCGGAGCGAGCCCGGGUCCAGGGUCGCAGGUCGUCUCUCUUCCUGUCCGUGGAGGGGUCCGGGUCGGAGAACCAGGUGCCCCUCCUCACUCAGAGCCAUUCGAUGGACGACCUCGGCGAGCUCCCCCCCCCAGCUCCGGUCCUGUCGCCCUCGCCGACGCCGCACACCUUCCUCCACCCGCUGACGGGGAAACCUCUAGACCCCUCGUCUCCGCUCGCCCUGGCUCUCGCUGCACGAGAACGAGCGCUCACCGCCCGCACGCCCAGCCCCGAGCCGCGACUGAAACACGCAUCUGCCUCCAACACGCCCAUCCCCACUCCCUCCGUCAGCCCCGACGGAAGACACAAGCGCACCCCCAUCCCCACGCCGCAGGGCAGCCCCGAGCCUCGGUCCAAACGCCACACCCCUCAGACAAGCCCCGAGCAGCGAACCAAGCGCACCACUCCCCAGACCAGCCCCGAGCUGAGGCAUAAACGCAUAACCCCGCCAAUAUUCCCGGACGGACAAGUGGAGCGCCCGGAGACAGAGGGAGGAGUGACAUCGCCCGCCGCCCCCUCCCCCGAGCGGUGGAGACCCAGCCCCUUGCCGGCGCUGGCCAAUGAGGGUCACCCUGCUCUGAUUGACAGGCGCAGAAGCCUCACAGUGGGCAGCUCAGAGGAGGAGGGCGGGGCUUACACAGUUACACUCCCACCGGCGCUGUUGUCCUCCAGUGACGAGGAGACGAGGGAGGAGCUCCGCAGAAUCGGCCUGGUGACUCCGCCCGCCGCCUUCGCCACUCCUCCCGCCCUUCCUCCCCCAUCGUCCCUCAUACUGUUGCCACGGCGAGGUGGGGAGGGAGGAGGCGGAGAGAGUGGUCCCGAGUCUCUGGUUCGACGAGGCGAUGAGGAGGAAGCAGGCGACGAACGGCUCCAUGACAGCUCGUCCUCCCCCAGCUCACUCCCUCCCUCCAUCACCCUGGCCUCCCCUCCUGCUCCACCCUCCCCCUCCUCUCCUCCCGCCGCUCACCCGUCUCCCUCCUCCCCCGCCACCUCCCCAAUCGGCCUCAAGCCACGCCUUCGAUCGCCCAUCGGGCGUGGCCGCUCCGCGCUCCGGGAUCCGCUGCUGAAGCAAUCAUCGGACAGCGAGCUCCUCCCGUCUGCUGCGUCCUGCUCCUCCCCCUCCUCCCCCCUCUGCUCCUCCCCCACCAGCGGCGGCGGGCGGCAGCCACGCUACCUGUUCCAGAGGAGGUCCAAGCUGUGGGGCGGCGGGGACGACCGCGAGGAGCGGCGGGGCUUCGGCCCGGACGAAGGGGGGCGUCCGGCGGCACCGGGGGGUCAGGGGGCGGGCUCGGCCGUGGAUCUGACCAGCCGGUCGGCGUCGGCGCUGGAGCUGAGCGGCAGGGCGGGGUCCGGGCUGGAUCUGGCCAAUCGGCUGCAGCUGCUCAACAAGGACAGUCACUCUCUGGGGGAGGAGCCGAGUCCCCUCGAUCCGGGUCGGAGGUCUCCUGUAGGAGGCGCCAGGUUGUUCUCCAGCCUCGGGGAGCUCCACACCAUCUCCCAGCGAGGGUACGGCGCCAGCUACACCGUCCGACCAGGAAGCCGCUACCCAGUAACCCGCCGGAGCCCCUCCCCCUCUCCCUCCCCAUCUGAUAGGUCAGUAGGGCUCGCCUCCUCCCCCACCACCUGCCCUGAAAGGCCAGAUCUCAGCUCAGGUCGCGGUCUUACCAUCCUGAAGUCGUCCAGUCUCAGCCUCCCCUCAGAACCAAAGGAGGUUCGGUUUGUGAUGCGAAGCGCCAGCGCACGAACCAGGUCUCGAUCCCCGUCUCCCUCGCCCCACGCCUCCCCCUGCCCCUCCCCCGUCCUCAGCGGGCCCCUGUUGGCCCUUCGGCCGUGGAGGCAGCGGCCCCUUAACUUGUGGAAUAAAUACGACGUGGGGGACUGGCUGGAGAGCGUGGGCCUGGCCGAGCACCGCCAGCGCUUCCAGGAGCACGAGAUCGAAGGCUCGCACCUCCCCGCCCUCACCAAGGAGGACUACGUGGAGCUGGGCGUCACCAGACUGGGACACCGGAUCAACAUCGAGAGGGCGCUCAGACAGCUGCUGGAUGGUUCCACUUGACCCCUGACCUCUGGACACCCUGUGACCUCAUAACCUCUGGUCAGACACUAGGCCAUCUCUUUGACUAGAAUAUCUAUGAAUCCUUAGACCUUUUUACCAACGUGGAGUCCAGCUUGAAGACAUUUUGGCUUAUCAGCUCUUUGAUCAACUCAGACAGACAGCACAAAGGUCUGUGUCCAGCAUGUAGUUUUAGUUUAGACCUCCAUGAUUUAGGCUGUUAACAUCCAGUGCCUCCUAUUUAAGCUGUAAAAGCCCUCAACCAAAUUUGUAAUUCCUCUUUAAAGGACAAUACA